AUAUUCCAAUUCCAUAGCCACAGAAAGCCUUGCAUCUUUCUCCACCCCUCCUUUUUCUAUCAGUAUAUAUAUACAUCUUUGUCUCUACCUUACAAUUCAGAACAACACAAAAAUUAGAGUCUAGCUGACAGUCACGCACCUCAAACUGUUCUGCAAUUCCUUCAGCGUUGACAUCAUACCUGAGCCGACUCCAGUUUUGUUACAGUUCUGUUGCUUCUUUGCAGUGCAUGUUCUCGAGAAAUAAGCAGUCGAUGGCUGCGCCCAUGGCGUCGGACGGUGGGCUGAGGCGUCUGUUCGAGAAGCCGCUGCCGGAGAACCCGACUCUGCUGGAGGCGCUGUCGGCGUGGAACCGCAAUAUCCAUCCCAAUAAGCCCAUCGAUCCGGCGUCCUUCACCGAGAUCUUCGGCGAGCUCCACCUCAAAGAGAAGCAGCAGCCGGACCGAGACAUCCUCAUGUCGCAGCCACCGCCUCGCUCUCCUCCUCCGCGCACGGCGUCCUGGCUCGACAUCGCCGCCGAGGCCGAAAUGAGCAACCUAAACAAGGACGAUUCGUCGCUGGACGGGCUCCUGAGGCCCAAGCCGGCGAGCACCGUGAAGAGGAGCGCGAGCUUCUGCAUGAAGAAGAGCUCCGCGUCCCUGCUGCUGUGCACGGAGGGCCUCGGCUCCGAGAGCACCGUGGACGCCGACGACAUGCUCAAGGACGGCGACGCCGAGACCGCCGCGCUUAGUGGGCACAGCAAGGAGACUGACACGGAUAGAAGCAGCGACGACGUGAAGGACGACACCGCCGGCGCCGUGGAAGAGGGAAAGGCGGAGAAACGGCCCCUGUCGUUCCCGCCGCCGAUACGGUCGAUCGGGCGCGGCGGCGGGAAGCCGCGCCCGCGCGUGUGUUUCCGAUCGUUCCGCGAGGAUGGGCGGUUCGUGCUGCUGGAGGUGGUGAUCCCCGGGAAGGAUCUCCUGCAGGCGACACGCGAGUGCGGCCGGCUCAGGCUGCAGUUUGCCAACGGCGCCGCUGCAGCCGCUGUCGGCGAGGAGGUGCAUCAGAAGACGACGGCACCAAGCAUCCAAGCCAAGAUAUCUUAGUCAUAUAAUGCAAUGGUGUGUGCUUAAUGGGCUAAUGGCGAUCAAAGGCUGGAGUAGGAAAGCAGACGAUGGUAUACUAUAAUUAUGAGAAGCGCCAGCUACCUAAUUAAAGCUUCUUGAAAAUGAUGAAUAUAUAUGCUCCUCCUAUUCAGUCAGAGAAAUACAACAUCUUGAUCCUUGAGACCUU